AUGAGACAGCAUUACAAACGACAUCAUAGAGCUCAUAUCAAAGAAGUAGACACAAUACGAUCUAGCCCAACUUUGCCUAAGCCUAAAGACAGGAUGGAGGAACAGCAGGAAAGGGAGAAGAGGAGACAGAUUGAAGAAGAAAGGGAGAAAGAGAAGAACAGACGAGAAGAGCAGAGGAAGAGGAAAGAGGAGGAGGAAAGGAUCGAGGAGGAAAGGAGGCGACAAGAAGCAAUAGAGGAAGGAAGGAGGAAGGAUAGUCAAGAAAGAGUUUGGAAAAGGGUUGAUAGGAGUAUAGAAGACGAGAUAGACGAAGAGAUCAUAGAAGAACGAAGGAAACUUGAGGAAAGUAGGGAGAAAGAAGAAGAGGAGAGGCAACUGGAUGAGGAAGGAAAGCAGCUAGAAGAGGAGAAACGUAAGAUAGAGGAGGAGGAGAAAAGAUUAGAGGAAGAAAAGAGGAAGCUAGAGAGAAGGAAACAUGAAAAAGAAGCCAAGCAGGAGUUAGCAAAAAGACAGGAAGAAGAGAGACUAGAGAAAGAAAGGGAGUUAGAGAAGAAAAGAUUAGAAGAUGAGGAGAAGAGAUUGAAGGAGGAAAUCAGACAGAUUGCAGAAGGCAACACAGAAGAUAAACCAGAAAGUAGAAUUGUUGAACUUGUCGGUGAUAAACAGAAUAUUUCUAUAAAACUUCCUGAGUGCCAAAGUGAACAGAUCCAAAUAGUAUCAAAGGUUACAAUUGCGACAUCUUAUUAUACCAAGACCAAGAAUGGAUACACUCUAAAAAGAAGAUUAAUUGACUCUCACUAUCCGGAGAAAAGACCAAAAGUUGCAAAGUAA